CUUAAAUCCAGCCAUCUUAAAAAAUAUGAAUGCAUAAAUACAUGUUGUGAGACUGAAAUAAAUAUCUUGAUGAAGACACUAUUUUUGUCGACUCGAAUAUUUUUGUCGUUAUUUUACAAAAGUUGUAAUGACAAACGUCAUGUUAACAUCGUGUCUGAAGUGCUUGAAAUUGCAACUCUAGAUGAGUUUCAACUUCAUGCACAACAUUAA